AUAGGAUGAAAUUAGAAGCACCAAAAGAAGAGCCCAAAUUCACCUUGUUCUCCCCAGAUACAUCUCUUCCAACAGAGGAACGAACUCAGUUCAGAAGUCGGGCAAGUGAUGUGUUCGGGUCGUUAAGCCGGGACACGGUGGCCCCCUCUGACCUCACCCCGGCCAUGGCACCACCCCCUGCACCCCGCUCAACCUCAAGAAACGAAAGUGAAAAGGUGAACAUAACCCCAUCGAUAGAGUUGUAUAACAGCCUAACUAGUGAUAAAGUAGAGAAGAAAAGAACCCCUGUUAAAGCUCCUGUCAGAGCCUUCGGAUCGAACAAGAGAUUCUUCAGAGCUCAGCACGAAAUUACCCCACAAAAGUUUACAAAGUACACAUUAGAAGACACAGAUCUUACAGACGACAGGGAUAACAAAGCGAUAGCUCUGAGUUUCCUGAACGACCUCAAAGAAAGCAAGUCGGAGCUCGAACCAACACCGUCCUCAGAGGGGAAGAUUGUCUUUAGGAAACGGGCUCGCACUAGUGAAAACCAGGGUGACGAGGAAAUUCCAAAAGGUCCCAGUAAGCAUAAGAAUGCAGUGGUACAGGAGGAGUAUGUAAUUGGACAGACAAAAUCCGUGUCUAAGAAACACGCACGUGCAGCUGGCGUGGCUCCUGCACGUGCAGAUGGCGUGGAUCCUGCGCGGCAGCAACAGUCACGUGAUAGUAAAAGUUCAGGGAAGGGAAAAGAACGCGGAAGAAUGACGGCGUGCUAUUUAGAUGACGAAGAAGAAGACUGAAGUCGCGUGGUCACGUGGUCACUCUACUGACGGAAAUUAAUUAAUUCAAAGCGACAUUAUUUUUACGCUAUUUGUCCGUUGACCGUACAUGUAACAUGAUGACUGAUGAGGCAGAUCGAAUUUCACAAUCCACAGAACAUUUCAUGAAAUUCUAUAUCAAAAUGUUGCUACCUCAAUGUAACAUUAGUCAUUAAGAACACCAGCUUAUAAUUACAGUACUACUAUCUUACUGAAUCUUACGGUGAGAUGAUGUUCACUUAUUGAGGGGGUCCUGGUUCAAAAUAUUUUGUCAUUUUUAAAGAUUUCUUGCUUCGAAAAUGUUAUGUUUAAUGUUAUAUCACUAUCAGUCAAACUAUUUAUUCAAUCAU